GUUGGCAUAAAACCAAGUGGGUUGGGUAAAAGAUUUUGACUGAACUAGAGAAAACAGGAAUUGAUGUUGAAGGGCAAAAAACUAGUAAAAAUGUUUGAAGGCAGCAAGGAGUUGAUGUUGAAGGGCAAAAUGAGGGAAAGAAAGGAGUUGAUUUUGACUGAACUAGUAAAAAUGUUUGAAGGCAGCAAGGAGUUGAUGUUGAAGGGCAAAAUGAGGGAAAGAAAGGAGUUGAUUUUGACUGAACUAGUAAAAAUGUUUGAAGGCAGCAAGGAGUUGAUGUUGAAGGGCAAAAUGAGGGAAAGAAAGGAGUUGAUUUUGACUGAACUAGUAAAAAUGUUUGAAGGCAGCAAGGAGUUGAUGUUGAAGGGCAAAAUGAGGGAAAGAAAGGAGUUGAUUUUGACUGAACUAGUAAAAAUGUUUGAAGGCAGCAAGGAGUUGAUGUUGAAGGGCAAAAUGAGGGAAAGAAAGGAGUUGAUUUUGACUGAACUAGUAAAAAUGUUUGAAGGCAGCAAGGAGUUGAUGUUGAAGGGCAAAAUGAGGGAAAGAAAGGAGUUGAUUUUGACUGAACUAGUAAAAAUGUUUGAAGGCAGCAAGGAGUUGAUGUUGAAGGGCAAAAUGAGGGAAAGAAAGGAGUUGAUUUUGACUGAACUAGUAAAAAUGUUUGAAGGCAGCAAGGAGUUGAUGUUGAAGGGCAAAAUGAGGGAAAGAAAGGAGUUGAUUUUGACUGAACUAGUAAAAAUGUUUGAAGGCAGCAAGGAGUUGAUGUUGAAGGGCAAAAUGAGGGAAAGAAAGGAGUUGAUUUUGACUGAACUAGUAAAAAUGUUUGAAGGCAGCAAGGAGUUGAUGUUGAAGGGCAAAAUGAGGGAAAGAAAGGAGUUGAUUUUGACUGAACUAGUAAAAAUGUUUGAAGGCAGCAAGGAGUUGAUGUUGAAGGGCAAAAUGAGGGAAAGAAAGGAGUUGAUUUUGACUGAACUAGUAAAAAUGUUUGAAGGCAGCAAGGAGUUGAUGUUGAAGGGCAAAAUGAGGGAAAGAAAGGAGUUGAUUUUGACUGAACUAGUAAAAAUGUUUGAAGGCAGCAAGGAGUUGAUGUUGAAGGGCAAAAUGAGGGAAAGAAAGAGGGUACUCGCAGUUGGAUGA